AGAAGCAUUUAUUGGUGUGUUUAGAGUGAAAAUGAAAUUCACUUUACAAGCUAUAAUAUUGAUAAUUUGUUGGAAUGAUAUAAAUUGUUCAUUGAGAGAUGAUUGGGGUCAGUUCAAGUUUCGUUACAAUAAAACAUAUAUUACUGAGAAAGAAGACGAUAGACGCUUUAGGAUUUUUUUGGCAAAUGUCAGGGAGAUCAGGAAUCAUAAUAGAAAAUUCAGGAGAAAUUUGUCUACUUUCGAAAAAGGAGUGAAUAUAUUUGCCGAUUUGACCAAAGAAGAGUUCAACGAAAGGUAUAGCUUAGAAGAAACUAUUUUGACUACAAUUUAUGAAAGAGAUACUAAGAAAAAUCUACUACGUGGUCUAAGUGAAUUGGAUAACCACGAUUAUUUCGACUGGAGAGAAAAAGGUGCUGUCACUCCAGCGAAGGAUCAAGGACAUUGUGCAUCUUGCUGGAUAUUCAGUGCGGUUGGUGUCCUGGAAGCCUACUACUUCAGAAAAACUGGCGCGUUAGUAUCCCUCAGCAUGCAGAAUAUUGUAGAUUGUUUAUGGGAUUCCAACUGUUCGGGGGGAGACCCUGAAUUUGCGUUUGAAUUCGCCAAAGAAUAUGGACUGAACUCCGAAUCUCAUUAUCCUUAUCAAGGAAAAGAAUUGAAAUGCAAUCCAGUAAAGACAAAGAUUUUCAACCUCACAUUCGACGAACUGAAAUAUGUUCAGAACUCUGGGUCGAACAUGAAAGACGCUUUGAUUGACUAUGGUCCUUUAUCUGUUUGCAUAUAUGUGACAUCAAAAUGGAGGUUUUAUAAAAGCGGGGUUUAUUACGAUAAAGAGUGCUCCGAGUAUGUCAAUCAUUGUUUGUUAGUUGUUGGAUAUGGAACAGAAAAUGGAUACGAUUACUGGAUAAUGAAAAAUUCUUGGGGUCCUCUUUGGGGAGAAAAUGGAUUCAUAAAAUUUUCCAGGAACGAAUACUUGAACUAUUGCGGUAUAUUAGAAAGGGCUGCAUAUGUUAUUUGAAAAUGUACUCAAUUAAUGAUGUUGAGAACCAGAAAAUUUGAUAUCAAUCCAUUUUUACUUUCGAUACUUGUGGUCGGUAUUCACCAAGUUUUGAGGAAAAUCAUUUUUGAUGGGAGGAGAAAUGACGAAAUUCAUCCGUGUAAUAAAAUAACGAAAGUGCUUUCAUGGCUUUUGGAUUAUAUUUUCUCAGAAAUCAAUAAUCUUUCAAGCCUUUGUGUUAAUUUUCUGUCAGGUUCAAUUACAAUGUCAACUUUUCACAUACAACAGAAAUGUUUAAAGAUCCAAGUGAGAACUCCGAGUGACUGUAAAGAAGUCAAGAGAUUUCAAAUAUAUAGAAGAACAAAUGAAAUAAAAUGAGAUCGAAAUAUUCGGUUCUGUUGUUUGAAAUAGAAAUAACUUCACAAAUUUUUCAGAACACUAAUUUGUAAAAUAAACAAAUAAUUGUGGAUGGAACCAGAAUCCAGAAGAAGCAUUAAUGAUAUAUUACCACAUGCUGAUUCGUCCUGCUAGGUGGCAAUGGUAGUGGGGUGAAUCACAAAUGCAGUUGAAACCAAAAACAAGGCAUCCAACACCACCUAUAGAAUCUAUAGAAGACUUUAUCCAGAAUUAAUAAAACCUAGGUCCAUCCUAGCACAACUGAUAAGACCAAUGGCAACUCGAAAUAGUGGUAUCUGUGGUUGGAUUUCGAAUGCUAUGGUUUCUACAAGUGAUUUUGAAGGAAACGUUGCAGUUGAAGACAGAGAACGAAUCACAUUCGUGAUAAUUUAUCACAUAAUACCUUAUGUUUUCAGUGAGUAUCGAAUAUUUAUGGUCAAUGUGUUCAAUUUUUCAUCUGCGGAUGUUGCCUGGUGUUUGUUUUGAAAAAAACAAUGAAUGUCGAAAAUCACUGUUUGUGUAUAUAUAAGGUAUCAGUUUAUAAGGUAUAUAAGGUAUUAAUUUUAUUGGCUUCAUACGAUUUGACCAUGCAGUUCUCUAGGAACCUUUUCUAUUGUGAGCACUGGUUUCAAAUAACGCGGAAUUCAGCAUGCGCAUAUGAAAACGUAAUAAAAACGUAGUUUUUGUGAGA